GCAACCAACAACCUCCUCCGCUCUCCUCUCCCUCCUCGUGCAACCACGAGUCACAAUAUAUCAUCAUGGUGAAAAGAAAGUUGGGGGCCUUGGAAAAGGUCGAGGCUGACUUGCCCAAUUUGCAGCAUAAAAUUCGAAGGGACCCAAAGUCUUACGUCGAAGACUUCCGCGCCCAACAUUACCAAUAUGAGUCUCACCGGGAAAUCUUCAUGGCAGCGCCUUCGUCGAGCACCGAUACGGGAAUCAUUUCGCUGCGAGAAUUAAUUGAUUUUAUCGCUCAUGUCGCCGAUUGCUAUCCAGAAAUCACCAAGGAAUUCCCGCAGCAGCUCAUUGAUAUGUUGUCGCAGCACCAUUUGGUUUUGGAAUCCGAGCUGCGAGAGAAGAUUGUCGGUAGCUUGGUGCUUCUGAGAAAGAAGGACAUUAUUGAUUCAGCUACCCUGCUCCAAACAUUGUUCCCGGUCCUUAUUUCUACACCCAGCAAGACGCUGCGAGCAUUGCUUUUCCAAAAGAUCCUUAUGGAUCUUCGUACUGCAAACUCAAAGACAGCGAAUCACAAGCUCAACAAAACUAUGCAGACUGUUCUAUUCAACUUGGUCACUUCAGACCGCACCUCAUCCAAAGGCCUCUGGGCCAUCAAGAUCACCCGUGAGCUCUGGAAGCGGCAAAUCUGGGCGGACGCCAAAGCAGUUGAGGUCAUGAAGGAGGCUAGUUUGUCGAGCAAUGAGAAGGUCACUGUCGGCGGUGUUCGUUUCUUCCUGGGUGGCGACAAAGAGCGGGAAGAAAUGGAAGAUGAGAGCAGUGACGAAGAGACCAUCGAUCUUGGACGAGUGAAGCACCAGGUUGGGAUCAACAAGAAGACUAGAAAGAAGUCUCGCGCUGUUGAAAAAGCAAAGCAAACUGUCAAGAAGAAGGAGCGCAAGAAGAACCAACCGCACCCGUUGAACUUCUCAGCGCUGCAUCUUCUCCAUGAUCCUCAGGGCUUUGCCGAGUCCUUGUUCUACAAGCAUCUCCAUAACACCAAGUCGGGUCUGAACCUGGAGCAGAAGCUUCUUGUCUUACAACUUGUGUCCCGUCUUGUUGGAUUGCAUCAACUACACAUCAUGCAGCUUUACUCCUACUUCCAAAAAUACCUUACUCCCCGACAGCCGUCCGUUACCUCAUUUUUGGCAUCGCUUGCCCAGGCAACACACGACUUGGUUCCUCCUGAUGUUCUUGAGCCUCUGGUUCAAAAGAUUGCAAACGAGUUCGUCUCCGAGGCGUCAGCCGCAGAGGUUUGCUCUGCUGGUCUCAACGCCAUCAGAGAGAUCUGUGUGCGACAGCCCCUCGCUAUGAAUGAAACAUUACUUCAGGACCUUGUCAUGUAUAGGAAGAGUAAGGAUAAGGGUGUGGUCAUGGCUGCUAGAGGUCUGCUCAGUCUGUACAGAGAUGUUGCUGCGGACAUGCUCAAGAGACGAGACCGGGGCAAGGACGCCUCCAUGGGUCUCCGAUCAGGUGAGCGCAAGGAGAAGCGGUUCGGUGAACAAGAUGCUGGUGGAAUCGAGGGCCUGGAACUUCUGGGCAACUGGAAAGAGGAGGAGCGCAGGAAGAAGAGAAUCGAGAAAGGUCUGCCCUCCGACGCAGAAGACGACGAAGAGAACGAAGAGGACAAUUGGGCAGCUUGGAACGUUGAAGAUGAUGAGGAUAGUGAUGACUCUGGUGGCUGGAUCAACGUUGAGAGUGACGCAGAAAUCGACAUGAGCGACUCGGACGAUGAGAAGACCGACCGUCCUUCGAAGAAGGCUAAGCAAAGCGAAGAAAAGGAGAAGGGAGAAGCUGAUGCUGAAGCUGCGAAAGAGGAAGCCAGAAAGAAGGCGUUGCACCUUGCCACUACUCAAAUCCUUACUCCAGCAGAUCUGGCCAAACUUGCAGAACUGCGCACCGAAGCUUCUGUGGAUGCUCUGCUUGGUUCUAAGCACCGUCAAGGACAGAACAGCAACUCUGCUCGACACAAGGAUGACCCCUUGACCGCAGCAGAGAUCGAGGGUCUUGCUGCUUUGUCGGCUGGAAAGCUUACGCGUGAAGAAAAGAUUGCCCACGCCAAGGAGGGCAAGACUGACCGCAAUGAUCAUAAGAGUGUGACGGCAAAGCGCAAGGAGCGCAAGGAGGCCGAGGGCAAGAGUACUACCAACAAGGAGAAGGCUCGCCGCAAGAACUUCAUGAUGACAUUGGGCAAGGCCAAGAGCAAAGGCAAGCGCAGUCUUGUGGAGACACGGAAUGUGCUCAAGGCUCACCAAGACAGAGCCCGGAGAGGUGGAAAGAGAGGAAACUUGGGCAAUUAAUGAUUUCCGAUGAGCUGAAAAGUGAUAUUAGAGUAUAUGCGAGACAAAAGAAAAGGAGUUUUGAUGUUGUAUCAUUGCGUUGCCGUGUUGUGAUAUAUAUCUGUUUAUGGGCCAGUAAAGCCCCAAAAGAGCUUAGAUACCACACUAUUCUGUAUCUCCUGGAUAUAAUUCAAUCAUGUUCAUUC